ACAGAAGAACCACGAGAUGAUCUCAACAAAUGUAUUUAAGGAAUAGUAGCCUUUCUAAAUCUGGUUAAAUGUGCAUGGCUGCCAACGGUGCAUUCCAUGCCCAAAAGCCUAUCCAAAGGUGACUUUUUCAUAUUUGGACGCAAUUUAACAGUCACGGAUCUGCGUGUGUAGGAUAUGAGUGAUUGAUGAAUUGCUUCCAUAUCACGAGCUUUCAUCACGUGGUACGUUUUAUGAUUUAUCUUUAUCCAAUUUCACUGGAAUUCUGCAACGUGGUCUCUCGAACCGCAGAGCUCGCCCUAGUUUAGCGCUGCGCAUCACAUUCCUCGCUGCAGAAUGUGUUCUAACACUUUGAUGCCACGGAUCCAUCUAAGGGUUUUGCUUUCGUUUUAAGUUCACCUGGUCUGAUGUGUUCCUCUAAAGUGUCAUUUGGGAGAGGAUGUUGCUUCUCAUUUAUGCAACUUUGCUUGGAAUUUUCCUCAAAACAGGCUAUGCUCUCCAGAUCCAAUGUUACCAGUGUGAGGAGGUGAAAAACAAUGAAUGCUCCACGCCGGAGUUCAUUGUCAACUGCACGGUCAACGUGCAGGACAUGUGUCAGAAAGAGGUACUGGUGAAGAAGGAUGGCAUAUUUUACCGCAAGUCCUGUGCCUCGUCCGGGGCAUGCCUCAUAUCCUCAUCAGGCUACCAGCAGUUCUGCACUGGAAGGAUCAACUCUGUGUGCAUCUCCUGUUGUAACACACCGCUCUGCAAUGGGCCCCGGAAGAAGAACCGCCCUGUCCCAUCGGCCGCCACCUCUUCAUUUUCCUCCCUUCUUUUGCUGCUGGUCUCCCUCACGCUGGUCUCCCUCUCUCUGGCAUAGACCUAGAAGCGUCCAUUUGUCCCCUCCUCUACCCGAAGAUCACACUAGAGUAUUAUGAGAGUACAUAAAGCCUACAGUGUACAUAACACUACGUAGUGUAUUGGCUACAUCAGACUCUAGUGUCGUCUUUGGAGAGGAAUCCUAUACAUAAGAGACUAUCACAGGAGGUUGGUGGCACUGGGGCGAACUGGCUCGUGGUAAUGACUGGAGCAGAGUAGGUGGAAUGGUAUCAAAGACAUCAAGCACAUGGUUUCUAUGGUUUACAGGUGUUUGAUGCCAUUCCAUUUGCUCCGUUCCGGGCAUUGUUAUGAGCCGUUCUCCCCUCAGCAGCCACCUGUGGACUCUACAGCUUCAUCUUUGGAUCGGAUACUCAAGAGCUUAAGACUCUUUGGAAGGAUCCCCUUUUAUAAUCCUGGUAUUUUGAGUUUUUGAGAACUGAAUGCUUUACCAUUGCCUCCUUCUUCGUCGUUCAUCCCUUGCCCUCCAAUCACCCUUUGCUUACUCUGUAGGGUCCUAUUGGGGGCAGUGGGCACUGACCUCAUCAACGUCGGUGUUCUCCGGUUUAUAGGUAGAUCGAACGCGUCAGAUCAAUAGUUCCGAUGAUUAGGAGUCAGACGGGAUCACAGUCAGUGAGUACUCAGCAGCCGUUUAGCUGUGUGAGAAUUGUGUUAACUCAUCAUAGAUCUGAGUGUAGAGAUGGCACUGACAGCUGAGGACAUUGAGCAGCGAGUUGUAGGGAUUGUGGAGAUAUACUUAGAUGUCUGCAUCAUUUGCUACUGGUACAAGUUCUUGUUAUAGUAAGUACUAAAUGCUGGAUAUCAUGUCUUAUAUCAUUUGUAAGUACAGAUGUAUGAUCUUAAUUUGACAAGUUUCUCACAGUAGGAAAAUAUUCCUACACCAACAAAUCCUACAGAAAUUUGAAUUAUUGUGUAGAUUAUAAUUAAUGGACAUUUUUGUAGGGGUUGAUACAUUUUUUUGAUAGGGCAAACCAAGUCCAAAAUUUUAAAGUGGAAAUUACAACUUUAGAAGCCUUUAAAAACCUUGAAUACACUACAAGUUUACUUUUCCUACUGUGCAGGAAAUUCCCUGCAAAAACAGGUUGAUCAAAUUAAGAUCCUACAUCUGUAUAUACCCAGUUACUUUCUUGGACUUCAAAUAUUGCUGAAAGACACAAGGGAUUUGUUUUUAAACUUAUCCAUUUAGACGUUAUAUAAAUCAACAUAUUCAGUAACCUGUUAUUAGCUGUAGUCAUUUACAGAAUUAUAAUAAUCUGCAUCAACAUCCGGUUUCAACUUCAAAAACUUUUUAGGUGUCAUUAGGGAGGCAGGUAGCCUAGUGGUUAGAGCAUUGGACUAGAAACCUUGAAAGGUUGCAAGAUUGAAUCCCUGAGCUAACAAAGCAAAAAUCUGUUGUUCUGCCCCUGAACAAGGCAGUUAACCCACUGCGCCUAGGCCGUCAUUGAAAAUAAGAAUUUGUUCUUAACUGACUUGCCUAGAAAAGGUAUAUUUGAAGUCAUUCAACAGUCCUUAUAGUUCAGCUUUUAGUUGUAGAACUUAUGCAGUUCAGUUAUACAUAACUGAUAAAUUCACAUUAAGGACAUUUCAUUGCAAGGAUGCAUAUUAUAAAAUGUUCUGUAUAGACAUGAGAUAUGUGGCUGUCAUUGCGGGAAGGUCGGAUAUAAGCAUUGGUUAUUGUAGCUACCUGCUUAAACUGUGUAGAGGUGCUUUUUUAGUGUAGUUGCUCACCUGCCACUAUUUAUGAUGUUAGUAUAAUGCUCAUUCAGCAGCAUAUGUCCUUUGCAACACAUUGACUCACGGAAGUGGAAACAAUUGCAAAACGAUCCGCGAUCUGGAACGCUCACCACGUACAGUGUGUUGUGGAAUGGAUCACUUAGCUAUCGGUGGAGGGUCAGAGUUGAUGGAUACAUAUGCUCAACAAUGCAUCAUGUACAAAUACUGCUCCUACUGUAAUGUCUUACUGAAAUCAUAUUCUCUCUCUUUCGAUUGAUGUUUCCUGUCUGAUGGAUUGCCACUCGAAAGUACCAGAGAGAGCACAAACACAACUGUUUAGGAUUGUAUAACAUGAUCCACAUAAAACAUUGGAGUGAGUGACUGGUUAAAAUGUUUCUAUUGACCCCUAAAACUGACGCCCCUCAAUGGUAAUUAGAGUUUAUAUGACUACUUGUUGACGCGACAUUGUGGAGUUAAUUUGGGAGGGAACUGUACAUACAAAAGUGUAAAGGACAACAGUUGCAGGAAGAAAUACACGAGGGGAUGUUUAUUUAUGUUGGCUAGUGUUUCUUUCUUGGUUCUUGUGCCAUGGGCUUUUGCCAGUCAUACUCAGUACUAGCUUAACAGUAGCUUUACAGCAUCUACGUUGUCUUUUUUUCCAGCUGAGUCUAUUGUCAAUUGAUUAUUUAUUUAUUCUUCUGAAAUGGCAGCACAGAGACUGAAGGGAAGACCUUUAUUUUUAAAAUACAGCAUUUAUUGAAAUGUCAAUAGAUUUCAGAAACAUAUCUAAUAACUUACUCUCAUUUUGAUUUGAUUCGAUUGAUUAAUUGGCCAUUAUAAUUAUUGAAAGGCUUUGUAAAGAGGAUCAUGUAAGAAGUAUGUCAUAAUUCAUCUUUCAAAUUAAAAGAUAGUGAUUAAAUUAAACGAUAGGGAUAAUGAUAGAGCUUUUUUUCCCUCCUGAUUUGAUGUUUAUCUUGAAUGUGUAAGGCAUUGAGCUAACAGGUAGACAUGUUUAACAGAAUUGGGGAAUUAUGGGUAAUUCUUUUGAUGGUCUACCUUAAUUGGUCUUCUGUGAAGAGUGAUUGUAUAUUCUGCCCAUGUGAAAUGCAAAUAAAGAGUUAUGACAAAAAAAACAGUGCUUCUGAAACAG